CUUUGCACGCUGAAAGUGGAUGAACAUCCCUCCCCCGCUCUCCUCCUCCCCUUCUCUUCCUCGCUCUCCGCCUGUGGAGCUGGGACCUGGGUGCGUUAGAUGCCGGACUCCCUCUCCGCCUCUCCUCCGCCUGCUUUGUCGGGGAUGUACUGAACAGGGGGGCCGCUGCCCCGGGGACUCUCCGCUGUGCACCCCUCGCCUCCCCUUGGUGCCGGUUUUAACGCAUUUGCAGAUUGAGGAGCCCGGCCGGCGAGCUGUGUAAAGAAAAUCUUUAGCCAUGGAUGUAUUCAUGAAAGGGCUUUCCAAGGCUAAAGAGGGAGUUGUGGCAGCAGCAGAAAAAACCAAACAGGGUGUGGCAGAAGCAGCAGGAAAGACGAAAGAGGGCGUUCUCUAUGUAGGUUCCAGGACCAGGGAUGGAGUUGUUCAUGGUGUCACAACAGUGGCUGAGAAAACCAAAGAACAAGUGUCUAAUGUCGGGGGAGCUGUGGUGACAGGAGUGACGGCAGUAGCGCAGAAGACGGUGGAAGGAGCAGGCACGAUUGCUGCAGCCACUGGCUUAGUCAAGAAGGAUCAGCUGGCCAAACAGAAUGAAGAAGGAAUCUCGCAGGAAGGAAUGAUGGAUAAUACAGAUAUGCCAGUGGACCCAGAUAAUGAGGCUUAUGAAAUGCCUCCUGAGGAAGAGUAUCAAGAUUAUGAACCUGAAGCAUGAAAAUGUCUUCCCUCUUUCUAUCUUCUGAAAUCUACUAACAAAGAUGUCCUGUCCUGUACAAGUGCUGAGUUCCAAUGUGCCCAGUUGUAAAUUUUUUUUUAUUAUUAUUUUUAUUACAGUUUUUAACAGUGUAUUCUGAAGUCUUCUAUCAGCAAUGAUUUGAGUGUCUGGGUCUGCACCCAGCUUUCAUUUCAGUGAUUCCCUCCCACUGAAAUGAAACAACGGGGUGGCAGGGGCAUUGUCGUGCUGUGGAUAUUGUGGCUUCAAGUUUUAAAAGUAUAAAAAAACAUUAAAAAACCACCUAAGUGUCUAUUACUUAUUUCUAAAGCUGUACAUGUUUUCUUGCUAGAUUGUCAGUAACUUGGUAUUGUUUCUGAUACAAGGAUUUUUUUUGUUUCAUAUUAUUGCUCUGUCUCGGGGUUAACUUAUUGUGAGAAUUGUUUAUACAUAUUAUAUAUAUAUAAAGUAAUUGAGCAUGAACUAUGCACCUAUAAAUAUUAACAACAUUUUUAUUGUUUUGUGAUGUGUUUUAUUAAUGUAUGUCUGUAAAUAACGGUGUUCAACUGCAGCAAAUAAAAUGUAAUUCACUAAAAAAUGAA